AGCCCAUGUAAAAAAAGCUACCGUGCUAUACUCCAGCAUUAGACAAGCAAACAAUGACACACUUUGGAGAUAUUAUCAACGCUAUAGGAGAUUUGGGGCCAUUUCAAAAAUGGCUGCUGCUGAUGCUCAGCCUUGCAAACUUUCUAACGGCUUUUCCCAUGUUUGGCCAAGUGUUCAUGGUUCUGGAUGUGCCUCAUCACUGUAAGACAAGCUGGAUCUAUGCCAUUAGCCCAAACCUGACUGAGGAACAGCUGCUGAACCUAACUAUCCCUAGGAACACACAGGGAUCGUAUGAAGAAUGCCUUAUGUACACUCCUGUGAAUUGGGAUAUUGACUCCGUCGUAGAAUACGGCCUUAAUGUCACUAAGAAGUGCCAAGAGGGGUGGGUCUAUUCUUCAGAACAAAUCCCAACGUUGGUGACUCAGUUUGACCUGGUAUGUGACCGAAAAGAGCUAAAUGACAUCUCCCAAUCCAUUUACAUGCUGGGACUUCUCCUUGGAGCUGUGAUCUCCGGUUCGUUAAGUGACAGGAUUGGGCGGCGUCCCAUCAUUUUGCUUUCCAUGCUUGUAAUGGGGGCAUUUGGUGUUGGAGCAGCUUUUGUGCCAAAUUUCUAUGUCUACGUCAUCUUGAGAUGUCUUGUGGGUGCUGCUGUAUCUGGAAUCUUUAUAGGCAUCCUGGCUUUAGGUACUGAAUGGGUUGGAGUCCCCUACCGGUCACAUGCAGUAAUUGUUACCCACUGCUGCUUUUCCAUUGGACAGAUGGUUUUGGCUGGCUUAGCUUAUGGCAUUCGCAACUGGAGGUUGCUGCAGAUUGCUGGAUCUGCCCCUGUAUUUUGCCUUUUCUUUUACAUAUGGGUCCUUCCAGAAUCUGCUCGGUGGCUCAUGACAAAAGAGAAGGUAAAGGAAGCCAAAAACCUACUUCAAAAGGCAGCAUCUGUGAAUAGACGGACCAUCUCUCCAGAACUGCUCGACCAGCUGACGCCUGAGAAGAAGGUUAAGUCUGGAAAUAUUCUGGAUCUCUUCCUGAAGAAGUGCCUGAGGAAAGUGACUUUAGUUAUGGCUUAUGCCUGGUUUGUGAACAGCCUGGUGUACUAUGGCCUCAGCCUUAACGUGGGGAGUUUUGGCUUGGACAUUUACCUGACGCAGCUUGUGUUCGGGGCUGUUGAAAUACCAGCUCGCUUCGGCUGUAUCUUCCUGCUGCAGUGGUUUGGGAGGAAGAAAUGCCAGGGCUGCUUUCUGCUCCUGGGCGGAGCCAUGUGUCUCAUCAUCACCUGCAUCCCGAAAGAUUUGCCGGUGGUGGUCACGACGCUGGCGGUGAUAGGGAAGUUUGCCAUCGCGGCCUCUUUUUCUGUCUCCUAUGUGUAUGCUGCAGAGCUGUUCCCCACCAUCAUCAGGCAGACUGGUGUGGGGUUGUGUUCAAUGUCAUCCAGAGUGGGUGGCAUCAUCUCUCCUCUGAUUAGUCUAUUGGACAAGUACCAUCCUGCUAUUCCCAUGGUGAUAUUUGGAAGCACUCCAGUGACUGCAGGAAUCCUCUGCUUCCUGCUUCCAGAGACGCGUGGCAAAGAGCUUCAGGAUCACACGGAGGAAGCUAAGGAGAGCCAGUGGGCCAGUGAAAAUGGACACUUGACACUAAAAGAUGGCGACCGAGAUGUAGGACACACAAGGGUCACGCGCGUUUAGCUGAGCCAGCGAACAGCCAUAAGAUCCUGAGGAAUCAAAGACCACGUAAUGUUGUACUGGGAAUGAGGUCUGCAAGCCAGCAGUGGACUCAGCUUGGUUUUUUAUUUACAGUAGUUCCUGGAGCAGAACAGUUCCCUGCCAGCUCGUGUUCUCCUCUUUCCCGUUUGCCUUCCCCAUGUGCUCCCUCUUAGCAUCCCCCAGUAAGUCCCAUGGGCCAUCCUGAUUAUCACUACAAAAGUUGGUUUUCUCCUGCUGAUAAUAGCCCACCUUAACUGAUU